UAGAGUGAGAAAGUGGGGUGUGUGUGGGCAUUGAGGCAGUUUUAUUGGAAUGUUGUGGAACAGAGCCAAAAAUUCCACCUUCACACCAAAGUUCAUAACUUUGAGCCCUUUGGGAGGGAGGGAGAGAGAGAGAGAGGUGUAGAGAGAUGGUAAUGGUGGUGAAUGUGGUUUGAGCUCGAGAGUAGUGAGUCUUUUUUAGCUCUGAUUAGAACUUGGGUUUGGGUUUUAACAGUGUGAAGUGUGGUGUGGUAGAGCGUGAGAGAGAGCUACUUAAAGCUUCUUCUUCUUCUUCUUCGUUCUCUAAUCAUUUGGCUUUGAGAGUCUUUUUCCUUGGUGGGUUUUACAGAGAUGGGAGAUUUGAGUAGAAAAAUGAGAGCUUUAAUGGUGGUGGUUCUCUGUAUAUGGAGUCUGGUUUCUCUCUCUUCUUCUUCAGCUGCUCGGUUAAAUCCUUCUCGACAAAAGCUUGAGGUUCAGAAGCACCUCGACCGGUUGAACAAGCCCGCCGUGAAAAGCAUUGAGAGCCCAGAUGGAGACAUAAUAGACUGUGUUCAUAUCUCUCACCAGCCUGCUUUUGAUCAUCCUUUUCUCAAAGACCACAAGAUUCAGACUAGGCCAAGCUACCAUCCAGAAGGACUGUUCCAAGACAACAAGGUCUCAGAGAAUCCCAAAGAAAAGUCAAACCCAAUAACCCAGUUGUGGCAUGUGAAUGGUAAAUGCCCUGAAGAUACCAUACCUGUGAGAAGAACUAAGAAAGAUGAUGUUCUGAGAGCAAGUUCAGUCAAAAGGUAUGGAAGGAAGAAGCACAGAUCUAUUCCCAAACCAAGGUCUGCAGAUCCUGAUCUAGUCAAUGAGAGUGGUCAUCAGCAUGCUAUAGCUUAUGUAGAAGGAGACAAGUACUUUGGAGCAAAAGCAACCAUAAAUGUCUGGGAGCCUAAGAUACAACAGCCAAAUGAGUUUAGCUUGUCUCAGCUAUGGAUUCUUGGGGGCUCUUUUGGUCAAGAUCUUAACAGCAUUGAAGCUGGUUGGCAGGUCAGCCCAGAUCUAUAUGGUGAUAACAACACAAGACUUUUCACCUACUGGACUAGUGAUGCAUAUCAAGCCACAGGGUGCUACAAUCUCUUGUGCUCAGGCUUUAUUCAAAUAAAUAGUGAAAUAGCAAUGGGUGCUAGUAUAUCACCUGUGUCUGGCUUUAGAAAUUCACAAUAUGAUAUCAGUAUCCUUGUUUGGAAGGAUCCAAAAGAAGGGCAUUGGUGGAUGCAAUUUGGGAAUGGCUAUGUGUUGGGUUACUGGCCAUCAUUCCUGUUCUCAUACUUGGCUGAUAGUGCUUCCAUGAUUGAGUGGGGAGGUGAGGUUGUGAACUCAGAGCCAGAUGGUCAACACACCUCUACUCAAAUGGGAAGUGGUCAUUUCCCUGAGGAAGGUUUUGGCAAAGCAAGUUACUUCAGAAACAUUCAAGUUGUAGAUGAAUCAAACAAUCUCAAGGCACCUAAAAGCAUUGGUACAUUCACUGAAAAAUCCAACUGUUAUGAUGUCCAAACUGGAAGUAAUGGUGAUUGGGGUCAUUUCUUUUACUAUGGAGGACCUGGUAGAAAUCCCAAUUGCCCUUGAAAGUAAAAAAUAAAUAAUUACCCAUUUUACCCUUUCAUCUUCUUCUUCUCUUCUUCCUCUUUUCCCUAUGUAUCAUUCAACCUAGUGCAAUGCCCUUCUCUCUUUGUAUACCCUUUUCUUCUUAUUUUACUCUUUAGAUUGGGAUUAGUAACAACAUGUGACCCUUUCUGUAGUGGGAAGUUUUGACUCUUUUUUUUUUUUUACUACUAAAAGAUUCUCCAUGUAAGUGGGUGGGGACUAGGGAUAUGGCCAAGUUUCUCAAAAGCUUAAAGAAACAGGCCUUUUUAAUAGUAGUCUGUCUUUCUAGUCUCUCCUUUGUAUUCUAUUUGUUUGUUUACUCCUCUCUUGGAGUGGCUUUGUUAAUUAAUGAAAUUAAUGAAUGAAUGAAUUGGGUCCAUGGCAACAAGUUUACAAUAACAAA